UCGAUGUGUGGUAUUCUUUUUUAAUGUAGACCUACGAUAAAUAAUAAUAGCAUGACAAAUAAGAAAUGUUUUUUAAAUACCUGACAUCAUCGCAUUGUCUAGAAUGUAUUCCAUAUUUUAGUUUCGUUCGCAUUAUUUUCGAAUAUAUCACACAGGCAUAGCCUACACAUAAAGCCCAGGUGAUCCUCAUUAAAUAAAUGAGGGUUCACCGAAAUCCGAGCCAUGCAUUGUGCCAUGUUUUUGUCGCGCGCUCUAUGUCUAACCUUUGUGGCCUUUUCUUCGGUGUUCAUCGCUGUAAAUGACAACAAGGUGGAAUGUGCCCCAGUAAAGGCAGCAUUCAGCAGUCAUGCUGCGAAGGACACCGCCAGAUUACAUUCCAGAACAGGUGGCGAUGGUUCAACGUUUCAUGCCAAUGGGUCAAAGAGGUUAGAUUUGUCAAAGGUCAGCCCAGAGGUCGUAAAUGGUCUAAUAGAAGCCUAUGAGGAUGAUAUCGAAGAGGGUGACAUUCUUAUCCAGCAUUAUAGACUCUCUGUCGACACUACAUGGCCAACUGUGAAUGGAAAGGUGUCCGUGCCCUAUGUGACCGACCCAAAAGUAGAUGCCAAGGUUGAAGAGAUUGAAGAGGCAAUGAGUAUGAUCGAGAACAAAACCUGUGUCGACUUCCACAAAAGGGAACAUGAGCAUAAUUACAUUGAAUUUCAGACCCGUGAGAGAGGGUGUGCUUCUUAUGUUGGCAUGAUCGGUGGGCUGCAAGAACUCUAUGUUGGUGAUGGGUGUACCGUGGGCAACAUUGCCCACGAACUGCUGCACGCCCUGGGCUUCCAUCACGAGCAUUCACGCAUGGACCGGGACAAGUACAUCAAAAUCCAUUAUGAAAACAUAAUUGAAGGGAAGGAACGGAAUUUCAGGAAGCUCGAGGGGAACACUCUGGGUGUACCCUAUGACCUGGGCUCUAUCUUGCAUUAUGGGAAUUUCCACUUUUCCAAGGGCGAGCCUACGGUUGUUGCUAUAAAUGACACAGAUGUUGUACUGGGGCAGAGGUCACAUCUCAGUGAACUUGAUGCGCAAAGGAUUAAUAAACUGUACAAUUGUGAUGAUUAAUAAUUUA